AUGUACGAGACCGCCGAAAGGGAAGGGCAACAUGAGGAUAAAGAUUUACUCAGUAUUGCGGACAAGUGUCUGAAGACUGAGGAGGAUAAGUUGUUUCACUGGAACAGUUACAAACUGCUUAUUGAUCCGAUCCUUCACGAUGGAUCUCCGAAGCUAUAUCGUUAUGAUGGGCAGCAUUUCAGCGCUCCAAAUUCUGGGUUUUGCCCUGUGGAUGAUGUCCGUGAUCCCAGAAUCAGUCGUCUAUGGACUAGAUUUAGACAGAUGGAUCUCGCAGUGCCCAAGUUCAAGACUGAUGAAAAUUACAUCGGUCCUCCAAAGGAGGUGACAUUUGCGAAGCUAAACGACAACAUUAAGGGAGAUUUUCUUUCUGACAUGUGUAAAAAGUAUGGAGAGAUUGAAGAGCUAGAAGUUUUGUAUAAUCCAAAAAAUAAGAAACAUUUAGGCCUAGCAAAGGUAAUCUUUGAUACAGUGAGGGCAGCUAAAGAGGCAGUCGAAAAACUCCAUAACACUACUGUCAUGGGCAACAACAUUCAUGUGGAGCUAGACCCUAACGGUGAAAACAGGAUUAAGUAUGUUAAGAUGCUGCUCAGCGGUCUAUGUACUCCACAAACUCUCCCUGUAGGAGAGGAAAUGUGGGGGGGCAAUUCACCUCUUUCUGCAACUGAAUAUCUCAUGGACUUUGAACCUAUUAGGAAGCUAUUCCCAUGGUCCUCAUCCUCAAAGGUUUUUGGAUCCACACCAUUUGAUGCAUCAACCCCUCUCUCCAUGGACACUGCAUAUUCCAGCAUGCACCAAGACACACCUAGCAGCUUCUGGCAAACUCCACAAUAUCAGGAAACACCAUGCACCCCAUCACAGUCUCACAGUACCCCAGGAACCCCACCUCAGAGUGAAGGAACACCAAGCAUGUCCCAGGGAAGUCACCUCAAGAUGCUCGGUUCCACAAGCGCCCUCUUUUCGCAGGAAACACCAUGCAUGUCCUCACCGUCCCAUGCAACAACACAAGGCACAUCUCAGCUGUCCACCAGCACUUCAUACAACUCUCAGGUCUGUCCUGAAACCUCAAAUACUGUGUGCCCAAAUCAAGACGCCUUGCCUAUUCCUUGCUUGCUGGGUACUUCUCGUGCCCGAGAAUCUCGUCCACCCAACUGGCUGUCAACCUCACGCCGGCUUCACCGUGCCAAGAGUCACUUCCGAGGUGGGCACCGUGGCAGAGGGAGAGAUAAUAAAUAUCAAAACGCAUACAACCGCAGACCAGAGCGCCACUAUGUACACAGACCUGCACUCAAUAGAUCUCACUCUCAAAUCAGACAAACGUCUAGUGUAACACUCUCUCUCCGACAGCAGAAAUUUCCAUUUACACCUGUAUCUCCAGGACAGCACCUAUACCCACAUGUGCAGCAGGCUGACAACAUGCACAAAACUGGUGGAUGUUUGGAUCAGUAUUUUUCAUCCCUCAAAGGCCUAGUCACAGACUCUCCUACUAAUCAUUCAUCCAUUAAACAAGUAGAUAGAAACCUUGUUCAACCACCUCCUCUGCGAGAGGUACCUCUGUGUGGCUCAACGGCAGAUACAAACCCUUCAGAGGAGCCUGACGUGGUGUCUCCAGAUCUCAGUGAUCCAGCGAGAAACAAUCUCGGAUUUAUGCUUCGCAAUGUUUGUACCAACAAGACAUCAGAAGGAGAAUCAUCUGGCACACAGCAAUGUCAAGCUAUCGAGACACCACUUCCGGAAAACUACUCCUCACCUGUGUCGCCACAAACAUGCCUCUCUCCUGAGUGUCCCGCAGUGGUCCCAGGUUCCAACAGCCUGGACUCCCGCAUUCAAAUGCUACUCAGUGACAGUCAGAGAUCAGAUUUCCCAGUACUGGAUCAAAAGAGCUUGAGUUCAGAGAUACAGGCAGAAUUUAAUGAAAGAAGCUCUCCCACCAUCUCCCUGUCCUCUCCCAAAGAUUCUUUUUGCUUUGAGGAAGUUAGCCCCACUCCCUUGCCUGACUCAGCAGAAGAGAAUGGGGACUCCUCACCAGAAAUUAGAUCUCCUUUUAAAAUCCCUACGUUUUCUGCCGCUGACGCUCUGUGUAUCGUUAACUCAAAGAUGGUCACCCCAACACUGACACCCACCAAACACACAAUCAGUCCAUCAACAAGUGAAGCUGAUACAGUCUUAGGUGAUAAGCAGAAUGGUGCAUCAGAGAUCCACAGUGGAGGUGUCCUGGUCAACCCUCCCAUAUUUCAUGUGCCACCUCCUCCAAUCUUCAUCCCCCCACCUAUACCCCCACCUGGGUAUCCCUCUAUCCCCCCUCCACGCCCAAACCACGCCCUGCCUCCUCCAAACAUACUUUUCCCACCUGGACCUCCUCCUCCACUACCUCCCCCUCCUUCUGGGAUAACUUUGCCUCCUGCUCUUCCCUCUCUGCCUCCGUGUCCUCCAUUAAAGAUUCCCAGUGGAAAUGUCGGUGGGCCUCUUCCAUGGAACUGUGGUCCAACACCUCCCACAAUUCCAAGUGGAAUACCGCAAGUCCAGACAUCAUAUCCCCCUAUACCUAUACCUCCUCUUCCACCUCCACCCCUAAUCAGGGUGGGUGUAGCUCAGGCUGCACCUACACUGAACUCUAAGACCCAGUCCCAGUCCUUCACUACAGCUGGUGGCUCUCCUGCCAUUCCCAGGUACAGACCUCCUUGGCCACCUCCUUUCAUGCCCAGAUUUGACCCGUCAGUGCCCCCACCCGGCUACAUGCCCGUAAGAGAGCCUAUACACAGGGCUACAGUAGAUGGUGUGCUGGCAGUUUUCGAUGCAGAGCUGAAGGCCAUUGUAAAGAAAGAUCUUCAGCGCAGGAUGGUUGAGGUUGUGGCAUUUGCAGCAUUUGACCAAUGGUGGGAUGAGAAAGAGCGCUCAGCUAAGCUGUCAGCCCCUGUAGGAUCUGGAGAAGGUACAGAUAAAGAGAGGCCCAGACCCAGGAGUCAAGAACACAAGCAGAAGGAGGAGGGAAGCAGGACUGGGGGCAUAGCCACAGGAAUGGUCAUGGGCCUGCGUGGUGCUCUCAGACUCCCAUCCUUUAAGGUGAAGAGAAAAGAUGCCGCUGGGCAGCUGUGCACCAAAACAGAUUGUCCUUCCUCACCUAUUCAGAGGCAGUCUGAGAAUGAAGAGCUGGAGCAUGAAACAGACACAGAAGAGCAACCUGCAGGUGUGUGGAAGAUGGAUGAGCAAAGUCCUGUAGUGAAGCGUAGACAUGCUAGACCUCUGGAACUGGACAGUGAAGAGGAGAAUGAGGACGAAAACUCUGGGAACAUUGAGGAUCCAAUAAAAGAGGAAGCUGAAAAAAUAGAACUUGUCUCUGUUGAGCAGUUGAGGAAUGCUAAUGAGGUGAAUGAUGAAGCUAAGCAGAGUGAGGAGGACAUGCUUUCUGACAUCAAAGAAGAUGACGAUUACGCAGAUGAUGUGAACUGUGACACCUCAGCUUACUGUGACACCUCAGAAUCUGACUCAGAAUCUGACUUCUCAGACGAGAGUGACUAUUCCUCAGACUCAGAUUCCUUGCUAUCUGCAGAGGAUGAUAUGUAUGAAGAUGAGACCUCAUGCUAUGAGGAAGAGAGGGAGGGAGAGGGGCAAUGGCUGUCAUCAGACAUUGAUGAGGAAGUGGAGCAUUCACCCACCCUUUCACCUUGGGAAGAUGACCUGGAUCCUCCUGCCACCCCAUGUGCACUGAUGCUCACUGAUAGGGAUCAAGAUCAAGCACUGCUGGGUAUGGAACGCAUAAGGGGAGGAGAGCCUGAGGAGGAACUCAGAGUCAGCGUGUAUCUACAAGGACUGGACCUUCCUGACCCAGCAAUGCACCGUUCUCCAGACUAUCCCUCAUCUCCUUCAUACAAAGAAACCUCAGAUGAGGAGUUGGAGACACAAUCUGAGAAUAACUACGAUGGCCCACUGAUUACUAUGGAGACAGUAGAGGAUUCUGAGAACCUGAGACCUCUCACACCCACCGGCACACUUGCUGACAGCGAUCCUGACGUACAGCUUAGCCACAGGUUGCCUUCUCCUGCUGUAGAGAUGGUGGAACGGCCACAGACUCCUGGAAGAGGUCUAGAGUUGGAAGAACCCAGAUGUCAUUUUUUAUCUCCUGCUCCUCUGACGCCACUUCCACCUCCUCCCUCACCCACUGGUAUCGAGGAUCUUCCCUCCUCACCUGUUUACCUCUGCCCUCCACUCUCCUCCUCAUACACUGCCUUUGACGAGACACCAAAAACUCCAGGCAGAGUUAACAGUCCCGAGCCACAUCAGGACUCAUUGCUGUUGCCAGAGUGUAUCACUAGAUCGUGUUUGGGUCCUUGUCCAGGUAGUCCUCUCACUCUCUGUCAACCCCCUCCUUCUCCUCAUGCCAGCAGUGGGAUCCCCAAGACCCCUGGAAGAGAUAUGGGGCUCUCUCCACCUUGUUUUUCUUCUGAUACUCUGGAAGUAAAUGCUCAUGUCAAGGAGCCAUGGCAUCGCCACUCACAUCCAGGCCAGGCAUGGAAUGCUACCUGCUCUCCUCCUUUCCCCAGUGCAUCACCUGAAGGCAACUUGAGAACAAACUACCAAACUACUGAUACUGUCAUGGCUCGUGCAUCAGGUCCACAUAGGUCAAGAAUCCCAUCAGAGCAAUCAAACUGUCUGAACAAAGUGCACUUCAAGAGGAAACCAGAGAGAUCUAAAAGAAAAAGGACCACAGAGUGCAGAAAUGUGGAUGUUUUUCGAUCUGCUAAAGACAGUUUCACUCACUCAUCUGUCAUGAUGCCUCUAGAGCCGUGGCCCUUGGCCUCUGACAGCAAAGAAACAUGGAUGCAAUGUGACGUUCAGCAAAAGAGGCCUCUGCAAGGGCUGGAGAACAGGCUCUCUCACAGAGAUCUGGAGAAAUGGAGACUUACAGAGCUCCACUCACAAAGCAGAGACUGGUACCAAAGGAGAUGGUGCCAAUAUGCCUCACCACGACACCCGCACUUUUCCCCCCGUUCUAAACGAAAAGAGAUGGCCAUCCUACAUACUCUCUGGACCAAAGGCGUAGAUGUGGAGGAGAUCAAACACUUGCAGAACACGUAUGAGAAGAUGCUGGAGCAGGAUAACACCUCCGAUUGGCUGAACAGCACGCAUUGGGUCCCACAUCCUCCAACCAACAUUCCUGAGGAGAGGCAGAGAAGAUGGAGGAAUGGGAUACGCAGUCACAAGACUGGAUGUGCCCGCAGCGAGGGUUACUACGUCAUCAGUAAACGUGAUAAACUACAAUACCUUUGCCACACACACGCUGCCUCAGAGGAAAUUUCAACAAAAUCCCAGGGGAAAAAUGCUGCAUCUCAGCCACUGUUUUCUUCUCGAUCUGGGUCUGAACUGCGGGCAGAACAGCGCCGCCUUCUGUCAUCUUUCAGCUGUGACAGUGACUUGCUCAAGUUCAACCAGCUCAAGUUUCGUAAGAAGAGACUACGCUUCGGCAGAAGCCGUAUCCAUGACUGGGGCCUGUUUGCAGAAGAACCUAUCGCUGCAGAUGAAAUGGUGAUUGAGUAUGUCGGUCAGAGUAUACGACAGGUGAUCGCAGAUAUGCGUGAGAGGCAGUAUGAGGAGGAGGGUAUUGGCAGCAGCUACCUGUUCCGUGUUGACCACGACACCAUUAUCGAUGCAACCAAAUGUGGCAACCUAGCCAGGUUCAUCAACCACAGCUGUAAUCCUAACUGCUAUGCUAAGAUAAUCACUGUGGAAGCUCAGAAGAAGAUAGUAAUCUACUCUCGACAGCCAAUCAGUAUCAACGAGGAAAUCACCUAUGAUUACAAAUUCCCUAUUGAGGAUGACAAAAUUCCCUGUCUGUGUGGUGCAGAGAACUGCAGAGGAACCCUCAACUAG